AGGACGUAUCAGGGAUGCCAGCUGUGUGCCGGGCCGUGUCAGAGGGAGGGUUGGGCUUCGACUACCGUCUGGCCAUGGCCAUUCCAGAUAAAUGGAUCCAGGUGAGAUUCUCUCUACUCCCCAUCUGAUAAUGUAUUAACACACCCUCCUAUUUUCAUACGUGACUGACUGGGUUUGAACCUAGUCUCCUGCGAUCCACAAACCGGUCUUAAACUGGGUUUAAACAAUAGUCCAGCUCUGAUACAUCAAGAGUUUUUUUGCCUGCAGUUGAUAGCGGUGUGAUUCUCGGAAAGAAAGGCAACCGACCAAGCAGUCAGAUUGCCCCGAACUCUAAUUCGCCGAUAAGUGACGGUACUUUAGUCCCGCAUAUCAGUAAUGUAAACCACCUUGACCACGCUAUGUUAUAGCCUAGGCAUUAUCCUUGUGAACUCAUAUCUAAUCACUUGAGCAUCGUUUACCCUGUGUUACAUCUGCUACCUUUCCUGGUUUGUAAUGAACUAAUUAGGGGUUCAAGCAGUUAAACCAUAUUAUGUUUCUUCUGGUUCAUCAUCUUUGUUAUUAUACCGGUUCUUCCUGUGAGGAACAUUAACAUGCAAAUUCCCGUGAAAUGGUAAGGCAGAGAAGGUUGCAACUUGACGUGAUGCUCGAGGCCCCAUUGUCCACACCCUCUAAUGCAAUGCCAUGCCAAUUGUUCACAAGGUACCGCUUUAACAGGUUAUUGGAAUUGCAAACUUUGAUGACCUAGUGUCCUGAAAUUCAGUGCAUACUGUCGGUCCCUCUUCUCACAAGGAAAACAUUUGCCUCAAGGACCCAUAAGGUCCGCCAUGAUGGAUUUUCCACCAUUUUGGAUUUUGUGAAAAACACUUAAAUUACAUCUCCUCCGGAACCACUGGGCCGAUCUGGAUGAACCUUGACAUAUGGAAUCUAUGGAUGAAGGUCUCACCAACGCAAUACUUUCCAGACUAGUAUGUUAAACAACAUGACCAAUAGAUAUUCAUGUGGAUGUGGUCUGUCACAUUUAAUGCAUAUAAAUCAGACACAGAUAUUAGUAAGACAGCGUUGAUGGAAACAGGAAAUCCCCGUAUAAUUUCAUAAAUGUAGGAAAAACAAUUUGUUAGUUUGACAUGGUGGGAUCUUUUUGUGUCGAUGAAAUUAAUCAUUUGCGAGAAAUGGCAAUAGAAAUGCCUUUUAUACACAAAUAUUGAUGCAAUAGCCGUCAUAUUGAAGUAAACUUGGAGUCACGCCAUGAUAUGAUAUGUUGUACUACUACUAUUAUGACGUGGGAAAGCUUAUAGUCACAUACACUAUAUUUACAGAAGUAUGUGGACACCUCUUCAAAUUAGUAGAUUCUGCUAUUUCAGUCACACCUGUUGCUGACAGGU